CCAGAGGCGCAGCGGCGGCGGCAGCGGCGAAGGAAGAGGAGGAGGAGGAGGAUGCAGGAGCUGCGGGCGGUGGCGCGGCCCGGUCCGCAGUGAAGCCCGCGGCGCCCGAGGCGCAGGGAGUGGCCGUCGCCUCCUGCGCGCACCAUUCCUGAGAUGGCGGCGACGCGGCGGCAGCUCGGGGAGCCGAGGAGGGGUCACCCGGGCGCGGGCUAAGCCCCGCCGGCCCGGGAGCUCGCCGGAGACCCGCGCGCUUGGUUGAGUUCCGGCCGGCCGGCAGGCCUGCGGAGCGGCGAGGCCGGGGUCGGCCCCGGAGCGGAGCGCGGCGCCCGGCCCGGGGAGGCCGCGAUGGCGAACGCGAGCGAGCCGGGCGGCGGCGGCGGCGGCGGCGGCGGCGGCGGCGAGGCGGCCGCCCUGGGCCUCAAGCUGGCCACGCUCAGCCUACUGCUGUGCGUUAGCCUCGCGGGCAACGUGCUGUUCGCGCUGCUGAUCGUGCGGGAGCGCAGCCUGCACCGCGCCCCGUACUACCUGCUGCUCGACCUGUGCCUGGCCGACGGGCUGCGCGCGCUCGCCUGCCUCCCGGCCGUCAUGCUGGCGGCGCGGCGGGCAGCGGCCGCCGCGGGGGCGCCGCCGGGCGCGCUGGGCUGCAAGCUGCUCGCCUUCCUGGCCGCGCUCUUCUGCUUCCACGCCGCCUUCCUGCUGCUCGGCGUGGGCGUCACCCGCUACCUGGCCAUAGCGCACCACCGCUUCUACGCCGAGCGCCUGGCCGGCUGGCCGUGCGCCGCCAUGCUGGUGUGCGCCGCCUGGGCGCUGGCGCUGGCCGCGGCCUUCCCGCCCGUGCUGGACGGCGGCGGCGGCGGCGGCGACGAGGAGGACGCGCCGUGCGCCCUGGAGCAGCGGCCCGACGGCGCCCCCGGCGCGCUGGGCUUCCUGCUGCUGCUGGCCGUGGUGGUGGGCGCCACGCACCUCGUCUACCUCCGCCUGCUCUUCUUCAUCCACGAUCGCCGCAAGAUGCGGCCCGCGCGCCUCGUGCCCGCCGUCAGCCACGACUGGACCUUCCACGGCCCCGGUGCCACCGGCCAGGCGGCCGCCAACUGGACAGCGGGCUUCGGCCGUGGGCCCACGCCACCCGCACUCGUGGGCAUCCGGCCGGCCGGGCCCGGCCGUGGCGCGCGCCGCCUCCUCGUGCUCGAGGAGUUCAAGACAGAGAAGAGGCUGUGCAAGAUGUUCUAUGCCAUCACGCUGCUCUUCCUGUUCCUCUGGGGGCCCUACGUCGUGGCCAGUUACAUGCGGGUCCUGGUGCGGCCCGGCGCUGUCCCCCAGGCCUACCUGACGGCCUCCGUGUGGCUGACCUUCGCGCAGGCCGGCAUCAACCCCGUCGUGUGCUUCCUCUUCAACAGAGAGCUCAGGGACUGCUUCCGAGCCCAGUUCCCCUGUUGCCAGAGCCCCCAGGCCACCCAGGCCACCCUCCCCUGCGACUUGAAAGGCAUCGGUUUAUAAGUGGCUCUCCCUUCACCUGCACCGCAACCCGGCUUCUCCCUUUGGCUUGGACAGUGACGUCUUUUCUCCCCCUUCUGCCCCCUUUUUAAUUUUCUGAGCUGCCUUCAAAACGGCUCUCGAAGUGCAUCAUCACUAGGAUUGUACAGACUCCUUUUGGGGGGAGGGUUUCGAAGUCCCAGCCCCACCCCAGCUCCUUGCGAUUGUUCUCCUAAAUAUAUUUUCAUCCUGACAGCAGGCCCUGGAGUCUUUGUACUGGCACUGAUGUCUUUUAUUCCAUGAGUUACUCUUUUUUUUUUUUCAAUAAAGGCUAAACUAAUUUUUUUCAUGCAACCUUUCCUAAAGACCAUGGCCAGUUUUCUACAGAAGCUAUUUUUGACAACCUCAAGUGGCAUUACAUUUUGCAUUGAGGUAGAGGAACCCAGGGGGACUUCACAAGUUUGAUUUCUUGAGGGUCUUCUGUUGGCAGCAGGAGAAAGAGGGAAAGUUGUCUCAAGUUCCCUCUGAAUUGCCAUCGGUGGGGUCAGUUGGACUGCUGUGGUUCUUUGAAGGCGUUGAGAAUUUUGUUCAGUAUUGAUAUUGAAGUUAAAGAGCAGAAAUGGGAACAAGUAGCAAGGCAGUCAUUUUUAAUCAGUAACAACACAAGAUUUGUUUCCUACCUUGCUUUAUACUACUAGGAAAUGCCCGUCAGCGACAACUGCUCUUUGUAUCAUACCAAUCUUGAGUGGAAACAUUUCUGUAAAACUGUACCUUUCAAAAGAGUAAAAAGUGUUUUGGUUAGUAA